UAAAAGCCCAUCAAUUGAAGCUGUAUCGAAGAACUCUGUCAAAUUCAACUCGAAAGAGAGAACAAGAAUCGGAAAGCAGUGAUGGGUUCAUCGUUUCAAGGUGCAAAUACAACAGCCAAGGGCGUGUACAGGAGCCUUCUGAAAGCAGUGAGGAAACACGUUGGAAACGAAGAGCACAAAGCCCAUUUCACGGAUUUCAUCAAGCAAGAAUUCAGGAAAAAUCCCAACUCUGAGAACCCACAGAAUUUGAAGCUUGCCAAUGAUUACACUUUCUAUCUCAACAGCGUCCACCAUCACAAGGAAUUGCUGUUCUCAUACAAUAUCGCGGUGGAUAGGUCUGAUGAGAUGAAAAAGAUACUUGGAAAAUCUGCUGCAAGUGUAGGCCUCCAGCUUCCUGACGUCUAUCAGGCAUGAUAGAG